GCGGCGCGGGCAUGGCUCGCGUGGCGUGGGGGCUGCUGUGGCUGCUUCUGGGCAGCGCCGGCGCGCAGUACGAGAAGUACAGCUUCCGAGGAUUCCCUCCCGAGGAUCUGAUGCCUCUAGCCGCGGCCUACGGCCAUGCUCUGGAGCAGUACGAGGGCGAGAGCUGGCGCGAGAGCGCGCGCUACCUGGAGGCGGCGCUGCGGCUGCACCGGCUGCUGCGGGACAGCGAGGCCUUCUGCCACGCCAACUGCAGUGGCCCCGCCGCCGCCUCGCAGCCCCGGCCCGCGCCCGGUCCGGACGGCGACGGCGUUGGGGAUGGCGAAGACUGGGCGCGCGAGCUACGGCUCUUCGGCCACGUCCUGGAGCGCGCCGCCUGCCUGCGGCGCUGCAAGCGGACACUGCCAGCCUUCCAGGUCCCCUACCCGCCCCGGCAGCUGCUGCGCGACUUCCAGAGCCGCCUGCCCUACCAGUACCUGCACUACGCGCACUUCAAGGCGAACCGACUGGAGAAGGCGGUGGCCGCGGCCUACACCUUCCUCCAGAGGAACCCCAAGCACGAGCUGACCGCCAAGUAUCUCAGCUACUACAGGGGGAUGCUGGAUAUCGGAGACGAGUCCCUUACAGACCUGGAGGCCCAGCCCUACGAGGCUGUGUUCCUCCGGGCUGUGAAGCUCUACAACAGCGGGGACUUCCGCAGCAGCACAGAAGGCAUGGAGCGGGCUCUGUCUGAGUACAUGACGGUCUUCUCUAGGUGUCUAGCUGGCUGUGAGGGGGCCCAUGAGCAGGUAGACUUCAAGGACUUCUACCCAGCCAUAGCAGGUAUCUACCAUUCGGACCACCUUAUACAUAGCAGGAAGCACGCUCCUCCGUAGCAGACCUCGGUCUCCACAGGGGAUCCACAGGUGAGUACCCAGCUGUCCCUAACUGCUGCAUCCUUCCCAGAUCUCUUCGCAGAAUCCCUGCAGUGCAAGGUAGACUGUGAAGCCAACCUCACCCCCAACGUAGGAGGCUACUUUGUGGACAAGUUUGUGGCUACCAUGUAUCACUACCUACAGUUCGCCUACUACAAAUUGAAUGACGUGCGCCAGGCUGCCCGCAGCGCUGCCAGCUACAUGCUCUUUGACCCCAAGGACAGUGUCAUGCAACAGAACUUGGUGUAUUACCGCUUCCACCGGGCUCGCUGGGGCCUUGAAGAAGAGGACUUCCAGCCCCGGGAGGAAGCCGUGCUCUACCACAACCAGACCUCUGUGCUGCGGGAGCUGCUAGACUUCACACACAUGUACCUUCAGUCAGAUGAUGAGAUGGAACUGGAGGAGACAGAAUUACCCCCGCAACCUGAAGAGCCCCUAUCUGAUGCCGAGUUUGAAGGCGAGGGCGACUAUGAGGAGGGUCUCUAUGCAGACUGGUGGCAGGAGCCAGAUGCCAAGGGCGAUGAAGCUGAGGCGGAGCCAGAGCCUGAACUAGCUUAAGAAGAAUGACAUGGCUAGCCCUUCAACCUCAGGACACCAGCCUGGGAGCAAAAA